AAUUUAGUCCUUCAAGACUUUAUCCGUUUGCAUUUCGAGACGCUUCAAAAUCACCCGCGAAGCCGUUUUUUUGUGGAUAAUGAGAGAGAGAUAAGAGAGAGGUCAGUCAUCACCCAACACUUACUCUCCCUCCUUUCCUUUUCUCUUCAAUGGCGACUCUGCAACAACAACUCCUCAAACCUUCAUGGACUUCCUCUCUCUUCGCUUCAUCCUCUCCACGCCAUUCCCUCUCUCAACCCCAACUUCUGCCUCGAACAAUUUCUUCCACUUCUCCCAAAGCCUCUCUUCACAAUUCUUCCAUCAAUCGCCGCCAGUUUGUGGCUGACACCGCAGCUGCUGUUUCACUCUCCCUUUCUCCGUUUAUUGCUCCGGUACAGCCGGCGAAGUCCGAAGAAUCUUUGUCGGAGUGGGAGAGACUUUACCUUCCUAUAGAUCCUGGUGUUGUCCUUCUCGACAUUGCUUUUGUGCCUGAUGAUUUGAACCAUGGCUUUCUUUUGGGGACUAGGCAAACCAUUUUAGAGACAAAAGAUGGUGGAAGAACAUGGGCUCCACGUUCAAUACCAUCGGCUGAAGAAGAAGACUUUAACUACCGAUUUAAUUCUAUUAGCUUCAAAGGAAAAGAGGGAUGGAUUGUUGGCAAGCCUGCAAUUCUGUUGUACACUUCAGAUGCUGGAGAAAGUUGGGAAAGGAUACCUCUUAGUGCUCAGCUUCCUGGAGAUAUGGUCUACAUUAAAGCAACUGGAGAAAAAAGUGCAGAGAUGGUUACUGAUGAAGGUGCAAUUUAUGUUACAUCUAACAAGGGAUAUAAUUGGAAGGCUGCAGUUCAGGAGACUGUUUCUGCCACUCUUAAUAGAACAGUUUCUAGUGGUAUAAGUGGGGCAAGCUAUUAUACUGGAACCUUUAACACAGUAAAUCGCUCUCCAGAUGGGCGUUAUGUAGCUGUUUCAAGUCGUGGUAACUUCUACCUCACCUGGGAGCCUGGGCAGCCAUUCUGGCAGCCACAUAAUAGAGCGAUUGCAAGGAGGAUUCAGAACAUGGGGUGGAGAGCUGAUGGUGGUCUUUGGCUUCUUGUGCGGGGAGGAGGACUUUUUCUUAGUAAAGGGACAGGGAUAAGUGAGGAGUUUGAAGAAGUUCCAGUUCAAAGCCGAGGUUUUGGCAUAUUAGAUGUUGGUUAUCGUUCAAAGGAAGAGGCUUGGGCAGCUGGGGGAAGUGGAGUACUUUUGAAAACUACAAAUGGUGGCAGGUCAUGGACCCGUGAUAAAGCAGCUGACAAUAUUGCAGCCAACCUGUACUCUGUAAAGUUUAUAAACGACAAGAAAGGUUUUGUGCUCGGAAAUGAUGGGGUGUUACUUCAAUAUCUUGGAUGAAGUGUUUGAUUUUCCUCGGUUACAGAAUCAGAUUCUAUCUAUAUAUGAUGCUUGCGAUGGAAAUUUUGUACCAUUAAAUCAUAGCUUUGCAUUCUUGCUUUCGAUGAUGGGAUGAGGUGUUAAUGCUACCAAGUAUCAUAUCUUAUUUUCACUUCUGAAGGUCACAAACUUUGAGCAAUGCUUUCAUUCGAAAGAAUCGACAUCGUAAAUAGUUUUCGUUUUUGUUAAUAUUUGUAAUCUAAAUGUAUACUUGUUCAGAUGCCCAUUGUUGAAUGCAAACGAUGAUGAAUUUGGAAGUUA